CACAUUCGCACUUUCGCACAGCACACCGCAGUCCUAGAACUUACUCAUGCAGCUUACAUUAGAUGUUUCCGAGAAUUUCUCAAGGGUGCAAACUAAAGGUACCGGCUGCUGCUGAACGUUGAGUGUAUACUUACUUACAAAACAGCAAUGCCCUAAAUUUCAUUGCCAUCAGCCAGAUGCUCUGUGAAGUUAACCUCGACGCCACGGAAAAGAAGUUGCGGAUUGGCCGUUUUAUUGUCAUUACACUGGAAAAUGCCCCCAAAGUGCAAAUUCCAAGAAGGUGAAAAAGUCUUGUGCUUUCAUGGUCCACUUAUUUAUGAAGCCAAGUGCUUGAAGUCCUCCUUUUCAAAAGAAGAUAAACAGAUCAAAUAUUACAUUCAUUACGCCGGCUGGAGUAAAAAUUGGGAUGAAUGGGUACCAGAGGAUAGAGUAUUGAAGUACAACGACUUCAACGUGCAAAAGCAAAAGGAGGUGCAAAAAGUGCAUGAUCACCAGAUAAUCAACAAACCAAGAAAAAGUAGUGGCUCGUUGAAGGUUCACGGACGAAAAAGCGAAGGCAGUAGGGAUAAAGAAAGGGAGAGUAAUAGUAGAGCGAGCACACCUGUAGCAAUUUUGGAAAGAACUCCAAGCCGGGCUAGUAAGUCUGGAAGUGCACUGACACCAACGUCCUCAAGCGAUUCACCACUGGAGGCACCACGCAAAAAACGAGGGCGACCAGAGCCUUCGGAUGAUACAGAAGAAUACUCUGUCAAGUCAGAAAUAAAAAUUUCAAUUCCUAAUGGUUUAAAAUGCCACCUCAUAGAUGAACGUGAUGUUAUAACAAAGCAAAAGAAAUUGCCUUCUCUACCCAUGAGUGUCACUGUUGACAAGAUUUUAAAUGAUUAUGUAGAAGCAGUUAAUAGCGGAAAAGUCAAUGGACUGAACAAAGAAAGCGCUGUAGAAGUAUCUAAAGGAAUCAAAGAAUAUUUUAACGUUUCAAUAAACUUGCGACUCUUAUAUGCUUGGGAAAAACCUCAGUUUGAAGAAAUGGUUCCAGAAGAUUCUGAAAUUUCACCUAGUAGUUUAUAUGGACCAUAUCAUUUACUCAGAUUAUUUGUAAAACUUGGAGAAAUGCUGUCUUAUACAUCACUAGAUGACAAGAGCAUUCAACUUUUAUUGACACACUUUGAUCACUUUUUACAAUAUUUACAAAGUAACAGUGCAAGUCUUUUCAAUUUGCAAGAUUACAAAGAUCCGUUACCGGAAUAUGACAAAAAAAUGGCAAAAUAUGUAAGCAAUAAUACGGAAAACACAAGCUAGAAUUUUAUAUCUUCAUGUCUGGGAAAAGAUUGGUUUCAAUUAAUGAAAAGUUUACAGGUAUUACUUCAAAAGCUAUCAUUUAUUAAAAACAGCUAAAUUCCUCGGCUUUAAAUUUAUGAUCUCAUGAGCGUGUCAUGUAGGUCUGCUGCGGCGGACAAGUACACUAAUAAAGUGUACAAGACAAACAAAAAUAUACUCUAAAAACUUUAAUUCAAUUGAAAUCACAACGUUCAAGCAGCCCACUGUUUUAUCAACAGUAGCUACAUUUUUUAAAUAUAUUUUUCACGAUACUCAUAUUGAUUUUGUAUUCUUUUGUAAUUUUUUUCAUAUCGAAC